AUGGAUUCGGAUGACGAGGCUGAUCAUCGGGUGGUCGACGAAUGUGACGGUCAUCGCCGUCCGGACAAGCCAGUCGUGUACUUGGAAGUGCUUGAUAAGGAGAUAGACAAGACUCUGGAUUUAAUGGUCAUCAAUCCGUCUGGGCGAGUCUCUCCAACAGCACUGCUCGAGCGGCGGCGGCGCUGUCACGAUCUUCUGAGUUUGCGGCACACGCAGCGCUUCUUUGCGGCGCUUUCCGGCUUUUUUGAGGGCCAGCUCGAUUUGACUGGGCGUCAUCCGCCGCGGUUCGACCGCCUCGUUGCUCGACUCAAAGACGUGUCCGAAGACUUCAUGUUCAUCAUGCGGCACUGCGUCGCCACGACAAAGCGUACGGAAGAGCUCGGCGAGGAGUCAGAUAUCGAGGAAACUUCGUACGAGUUCGAUCCUCCUUACCUUUGGGAGCAGUUCGUCACGAAGUGGCGAUUAGGCACAAUGAUUGAUUGUGACGAGUUCAGGGAUAUGCUCGCCGACCUCAGGGCCGUCCGCGCGCGCCAUCCCGGGGUGCCGAAAUUCCAACAAUCAUCGCUGCUUGAUCUACCCUCCGAGCUUCUCGAUUAUAUCAUGAUUCUAUCGGACCAAGACUGUCUUGGGAAAUGGAGUCAGACGUGCAGCUUAUUGCGCGAGCAUGCGUCGAAAUAUGUUCGCUCGCGCUUGUGCUUUAAACUCAUUGCGGAUGACAUCGACGUUGACGCCAUACAACGAGGCAUCCCGCCAGGACCUGAAAAAGUGGCCGAGGUACGCGAGCUUACGAGGGAAGCGGCACUAUUCUACCGGGACGCGCUAGUCAAGCGAAUGCGCAAAACUAUCAAAAGACCCCACUUGCUCGCGACUACUCGCUUUCUAGACUUCAGCGAGAAUUGGUCGCUGACAGAUUGGAUGCCCUAUCUGGGAUGCGACUUUCCAGAAUUCGUUGCGCCGUUCAUCGAACCCUUGGUAAUCCUCAUCCGUGAUUUACCUCUCGAAGCCAUCAGUUUUCGGGCUUACGGCCUCCCGAAACCCAUCUGGAGGGCAGUAUGCGCUUCUGAGACGCUACACUCUCUUUUCCUGUCAGCGCAAGGAAUGAUUGGCUGGGAAACCGGACCAUCCUGGCCAGAUGCACCAGCUUUGUUCAAUGCUCAUCUCAAGAUUUAUGGCGAGGAUGUGAAUGGUGACGGGUUGUGGCCACUGCUGGACAGCAUACCAAAUUGUCUCUUCCUUCAGGUUUUCGGCGUCCCAGGGGAAGGUUUUCCAAUGCCUCUGCUCAGGUGCCCGAACAUCACACGCCUCUCCGUCACGUACGUAUGGGUGGAUACGCUGAUUCUCCACUUCGCCGAUGUCAUAGAGGGCGGUUUCUGUCAGGGCAUAAUGCAUCUCUCUAUCAUCACAGACCAUCCCGACAUGACCGCGGACAUAGCCCGUCGCCUCUUCGAUGCGUUCCGCCACCUGCCGCGUCUAGAGUUCUUGCGUCUUACGGGUCUGUGCCACGCCCCUCCGGACCUCUUUGUGCACCUCAGUGAAAGCGCUCCUGGGCUGCGUUCCCUGUUCCUCCAUUCCUUUUCUAGCGGCAGUUAUCAGCGAGGCGACUGCUCGCGCUGGCCGUAUCCGCCCUCUGAAUAUGCCCGUGCUUUCGGCACGUUUCCUCGUCUGAACCUUCUCGGAUUGAACAUGGCGAUCGACGACGCGCCUUAUCGAACUUCGUACUUUCUCCAACGGAUGGAGUUGGGCUACGAAGGCGCCGAAGCAGAGGACGCGAAAGCUCUGCGGCGGUGGCGCGCGAGGAAGAGCCUUUCCACCGACGAUGACGACCCCAGGACCCUCGAUUGCACUGCCGACGGGGAGGUUCGAGAUGUAGUGCGGCUCUUUGCGAUUUAUGGCAGGGCGCUGCAGACAAUUUUCCUUCACACGAACAACUUAUCGCAAACGGGCGGGUGGGUUAUUGAACGCGACGCGGAGGGGAGGCCUGUGACGAUCCGAGACGGGCUCACGACCAGCGAGCGCGAGCGGGCGAACAUGGCGGACCCUGAGUGGCAGAUAGACCACUGGACGUUUGACGCAGCGGAAGCGGAGGAGAUCCUUGGACUCAAUUAA